UCCUUCCCAGACUUCCAGGUCUGGACCUCUCCAUUAGCCCCCGGGGCCUUCGUCUUUCCACACUCUUCCUGGCACACCAUUUCCGCGAUCCUGCCUAAGUUAGCUCUUUCAGAGAGCCCUUGAGGUGCUAUUAGUUGUCAGCAGCCAAGGGCACCCUAAAGCCAGAGUGAGUCCUACCUUACCACACGGGAUCUACGGCUACUGCUCCAGUUCCUCAAUUCAUCUUCCUCCUCCUUUCUCUGGCCCCUUCCAGGUCCAUUUUUCAUCUCCUUCCUCUUUUCCCCAGAUUAUAGACCCUGGGAAAGUCACCAUGCCCUGCAACUCUGGUUCUCUUGUCACCCUGACCCCCACCUCUCCAAAGGGGGGAAUUUUCUCCUCCAACUUCCAAGCUUCACCCUCACAGUCUGGGUCUUGGGAGGGGGUGGGUUUUUUUCCCAACAUGGCCACCUCGCUGAGCAGUGAGCACGACACUAGCUCUGAGUCCAGCACGCCCACCGUCCCCAGUGGUUGUCCUUCCCUUCUGGCCUCCUCUUUCCGCUGCCUUCCAAGCCAGCCGAGGCUCCAUUUUGCCGAUUGUCACUAGUUUCCCCCGGAGAGUGUGGCGGUGUGUGUUUCCUCUCCUCUGCUGCAGGUUGCCACGGGCCCCUGGAUGCCGCGGGCCAGAAACCUCAGCAGCUGCUAAGGCUCAGGUUACCGGCAGUCCACAGCAGCCCAGCUAAGAGUGUCACUGCUGAGGGGCCCCUCCCGCCACCCUAAGGCAUGGCCACCCACGAUGACUUCUCCACAGCUAAGUACCGGGUCCCUGUGGCUGUGUACUGUGGAAGCGUACCCAGGGCUGCCUCCAGCUACCAGCCCGUCUGUGGAAGAGGCAUCGACUCCAGCCUGCGCUCCUGGGAGGCGGGGAGAGAAGCCUCCCUUCAGACUCUGUUGGAAGUCCAGAUGAAGAAGCAGCAGCCGUAUUUGUGGGGUGAGGAUGGAGACCCAGAUGGCCUCAAACCCGGUGCCCUCUGGCCGGGCUGGCAGGGCUGCGGUGGGCCUCAGAAGGACCUGGGGGAUGUCUCCCAGCUGCAACCCACCGCCCAGGAAUUGGAGGCCAGCAGUGCUGCUAUGGAAACCAUCCAGAUCAAAGACAAACUGAAGAAGAGGAAACUCUCUGAAGGGCUUUCUGGGGCUCCUCGAGGAGGAGCUAGGGGAGAUAACCCGAAGGCUGCCCUUCCUCUUGCAGCCUCCCUGAGGCUCCUGCCAGCACCCAUGCCUCCCAUCCUGAGCAUCCCCACCACCCCAGAGGCCCAGGGGUCACUGCAGAAUGGCCCAGAUCCUCAGGGAUCCAACAGGGACCACCUGAAGCCAACCCUGGCCACCCAAAAGGCACAGAGCUCUCUUCAGUUCCUGCAAUGCAAUGACGAGAAGAUAAGGAAGUCCCUAGGUGGUGCUCCGAUCCCUCCCAUCCCCAAGGCCGGGAGGUCUCCCAGGAAUGACGCCAACGCCUCCGUUCCGGUCCCCCUGCCCAGUCUCCUGCUGCCAGGUCAGGGGAGCCCACCAGUAAGAUCAGUGCUGCAAAGAAGUCCCAGUGAGAAAGCCCUAACGUCUCUGGAAGCUCGGACCCUGGGUCCUCCGGUCAGAAAGGAGCUAACUCGUGGGGCAAAGCCUGCUGGAUCCGAGACCCCAUCUCUGUGGCAAACCCUCUCCUUCAGCCAAGCUACGGUUGCCAAGUGGCCACUAACCCAGACAGAAGAGGACCAGAAAGAGAGUCAUGGCAAGGUCCCCAUCACCAUCUCCAAGUCAGCUCAGGAGAAGAUGCGCCUGAGGCAGAAGAAAGAGCUGGAACCGCUGGUGCGAGGAUGGGAAGGAGAUCCGGAGCAGGAGGGGUUCCGGGUGUUCCAGGACCAGCCGCAGAACCCGUCCCCAGGGAGAGUCAAUCAGGGAGAACUCGCUCCUCUCCGGGGCAGUGGAGUCCUGCCCCGACCUGCCAGGCCGCGGAGCCCAGGUCAAACCAGCCCCAGCAUCAUCCUGAACAAGCAGGCCAGCAGGGCCGGCCGGGCCUCCCUGCCCAGCCUACCGGUCAGCAGCCGAGACUCCAGUCGGGGGCGCCACACCUCAGCCAAGUCUCUGCCAGCAGCCCUCGUGACCAGUCCUCCAGAAGCAGCGGCAGUACCUGAAGAGGGCCUGGCUCAGGACCUCCGGCCUCUCUCCCACCCUGAGCUGGGGUUGAUGGAGGCCCUCCAGUGGCUCAGUAACAGUGACUGGCAGCUGAAAGAGAAGGGGCUGGUGAGUGUGCGGCGCCUGGCGGCUUGUCAUCCCGACGUGCUCGAAGGGCGACUCCACGAUGUUUGCUUAGCCGUGACACGGGAGGUCUCCAACCUCCGCUCCAAAGUAUCACGCUUGGCCAUCAGCACACUGGGCCACCUGUUCCAGACCAUGAAGAAGCAUAUGGACCAGGAGGCGGAGGAAAUUGCCCGCUGCCUGCUCCAGAAGGCGGGGGACACCAGCGAGUUCAUACAACGAGCUGCAGACCGGUCUCUGAGAGCCAUGGUGGAGAGUGUGACCCCAGCCCGCUCCCUGUUGGCCCUCACUGCAGGGGGUGCCUAUCACCGCAACCCCUCGGUCCGGAAGGUCACUGCCGAGCACUUGACAGCAGUCGUGGAGCAGAUGGGAGCCGAGAAACUCUUGUCGAGCCCCAGGGACAACACGGACGCGUUGAUUCGCAUCCUCGUCAAGCUGGCCCAGGACUCAAAUCAAGACACGAGGUUUUAUGGCCGGAAGAUGAUGAACGUCUUAAUGUCUCAUCCCAAGUUCGAUAUGUAUCUGAAGCAGUCGCUCCCAUCUCACGACCUGCGGGAUAUCAUGGUCGCCAUCAAGCAGCGGGGAGAAGAGAAUGCCGAGCCUCCAUCUGCCAAGGGCCGUAAGAUCUCCGCAAACAGCAGUGUGACGGUGUCUCGGGGUGGCCUGCUCUCCAAGGAAGGGGGCAGCCCGGACCUGCAGCGGGGGGCCGGCCGCCGCUCCGCGCUACGCGGUGUCGAGGUGGCGGAGCAGCUGAGGGAGCUGAAGGAACUGCUGUCGGCCAAGGAGCACCAGGCGCGGUCGGAGGGAGUGAGGCUACUCCUGCAGUGCUGCAGAAACCACCGGGGACUGGUCUCCGGAAACGUAAUUCAGAUCUUUGACGAUUUCAUCCCGAGGCUUCAGGAUUCUAACAAAAAAGUGAAUCAACACGCACUGGAGUCACUCACCCAGAUGGUACCCCUCUUGAAAGGGAGUUUACAUCCAGUGCUAAUCCCUGUCAUCACCGCUGUCUCAGACAACCUGAAUUCCAAGAAUUCUGGGAUUUACACAGCUGCAAUCCAGGUUCUGGAUACUAUGAUUGCCAACUUAGAUAACCUCUGGCUUCUUCAAGCGUUUGCCGGCCGAGUACGUUUUCUCUGCGGGCGAGCUGUGCGCGACAUCACGGAGCGUCUGUCCGUGCUGGUGGUGUCGGUGUAUCCUCGGAAGCCUCAGGCCGUGGAACGCCACAUCCUCCCAGUCCUCUGGUACUUCCUGAGCAACAUGAUCGGCAGCGGGGUGCUUCCUGGUCAUGGGGGGUACGUCCGGUUGGUGGUGAGCAAGCUGGCUAAGAGCCUGCAGGAACAGAUGGGCUCCAGGCUGCAGGAAUAUGCCAGCAGUCAAUCCACACAUGUCAAGAGAUGCCUUCAGGGACUCUUAGAUGCGGAGGGCUCCCAGUGAGAUCCAGCGGGGACAAAGAGUGGGGAGGAAAGAAAACACCUCCAUCUGGAGACAUCUGGCAGCCCAAGCCCCUUCUCAGUUGGAGAAAAGAUGGAUGAGAAAUGGGCAAGAAUAAUUUCUCUCUUUUUUAUGGUAUUUAAGUGCUAUACUUAUACUAUAUGCACUAUAUAUCAAGCAGUCUUCUAAACCCUGAGAUAGAUAAAAGGUUGGACACAGUCCAUGUCCCCCUGAAGCUUCCAGUCUAGGAGGCCAAACAGGUAUUGA